CCGUCUGAUGUGCCGAGUUAAUCGUAUUGUACAUACAUACGUACGAAUGUGUGUUUGCUCGUAUUUUAUUUAGUAAUUUAUAAACGUUCUUUAAAAUAAUAUUUUUGCACAUCACCAAGCGUAGAAAAAUCAAAGCUAAGACUACAUCUAAGAAUUACAUGAGCAGAACCAUAUAGCUGCUCACAAUAUGGAAGUUGAGGCCGAGAAAGUGGAUGCGGAUGCGUUGGGCAAGAACGCAGAAGAUGGAAAAGCCGAAGAUGCAACCACAAUUUUGGACACAGUAACCACAAAUCUGCAAGAUAAUGAAGUUGAUUCCACAUCUACGGCAGAGGCAAUUGCUGCCUUGCCCUCCGGCGAAUCAUCACAGGAAGAGCCGGCAUCUCCAGGCGCCAGAAGUCGUUCAGCUAGCGUAACUCGCAAGUCACGUAGUCGUAGCCGUAGCCCUAGUGCAAUUGACAGUUCCCGACGCUCUCGCAGCAGAUCGGGCUCAAAGCGUUCUCGUAGCGGGUCUGCUCCACGUUCCCGCAGCGGGUCUCGACGCUCGCGUAGUGGAUCUGGCUCUAGACGAUCCCGCAGUGGAUCUAAACGCUCGCGUAGUGGCACACGCUCCCGCAGCGGUUCCAGGCGUUCGCGCAGUGGCUCAAAACGUUCGCGAAGUGGAUCUGGCGGACGCUCACGCUCCCGCAGCGGUUCCAGACGCUCCCGCAGCGGCUCAAGGCGUUCUCGCAGCGGAUCCAGACGCUCGCGAAGUGGCUCUGGGUCAAGACGUUCACGUAGCGGAUCUAGACGCUCCCGUAGUGGAUCGGGUGGACGUUCCCGUAGCGGAUCUAGGCGCUCUCGCAGUGGCUCCGGAUCCAGACGUUCACGUAGUGGCUCAAGACGUUCGCGUAGUGGAUCUAGACGUUCACGUAGUGGAUCUGGGUCAAGACGUUCACGCAGUGGAUCGGGCUCCAGGCGAUCCCGUAGUGGAUCUAGACGCUCACGUAGCGGAUCAAGACGCUCGCGUAGUGGAUCCGGAUCCAGGCGUUCUCGCAGUAGAUCGGGCUCCAGACGCUCACGAUCACGCAGUGGCUCUCGCCGUUCCCGCAGUGGCUCCAGGCGCUCCCGUAGUGGCUCAGCACGGUCUCGCAGUCGCAGUCGAUCCAACAGCGUUGCCUCCGGCCGCAGUCAAGCUAAAUCAAAGAGAAAUGGAGGCAGUCGAUCGCGCUCAAAGAGUAUUGCAGAGUCUGUUGGUUCCCAGGAUGCAUUGAAUCGGAAACGUGCCGCAAACAGUGACUCUGAAGAUGACGACGCACCAAAGCUGCAGAGGAAGCGGGUUAAAAUAACAGACACAGAUAAUGAAGAGGACGAUGACAUGGAGAAGCAGCCGGAUGAAGCCAAGAAUACAGAGAAAACACAAGACAAAAUUGUCGAAAGCUCCGACGAUGAGAACACACCAAUUUCAAAUGAACCAGAAAACAGCAACUUUAUAUCUGACUUUGAUGCCAUGCUGUUGCGGAAAAAGGAAGAAAAGCGGGUGCGCCGACGCAAGAGAGAUAUCGAUCUGAUAAAUGAUAAUGACGAUCUGAUUGAUCAGUUGAUUAUCAAUAUGAAAAAUGCAUCGGAUGAUGAUCGACAGCUAAAUUUGAUCGGGAAGCCGGCAACAAAGAAAAUAUCAAUGCUCAAACAAGUGAUGUCACAACUUAUUAAAAAGGAUCUACAGUUGGCCUUCUUGGAGCACAAUAUACUGAAUGUGCUGACGGACUGGUUGGCUCCAUUGCCAAAUAAAAGCCUUCCAUGUCUGCAAAUUCGGGAGAGUAUUCUAAAGCUGUUAUCUGAUUUUCCAACUAUUGAUAAAAGUUAUUUGAAGCAGUCGGGCAUUGGAAAGGCUGUCAUGUAUUUAUACAAGCAUCCACAGGAGACAAAGACAAAUCGCGAUCGUGCUGGUCGCCUUAUUUCGGAAUGGGCUCGUCCCAUAUUCAAUUUAAGCUGUGAUUUCUCAGCGAUGAGCAAAGAGGAACGUCAGGAGCGUGAUCUUGCACAAAUGUCGCGCAGUCGUCAUAAGAGUCCAGAACCAGAGCCCGCUAGUUCCAGCAAUUCACAAUCGCUAAACCAAACAUUUUCAAAUGAUGAUAAACUCCUGCGUCCUGGAGAUCCUGGCUGGGUGGCCCGCGCUCGUGUACCAAUGCCCUCAAAUAAAGAUUAUGUCAUUCGCCCAAAGUCAACGGUUGAGGGCGAAGUUUCCACGUCGACAAAGCGCAAACCUAAUCGGUAUGAGAAACACAUGAAAAGAUUUUUGGACUCGAAACGCUCGAAGGAAAGUCGUCGUGCCGUCGAAAUAUCAAUAGAGGGUCGAAAAAUGGCUCUUUAAGGAUAUAUCACACUACCGCUAGUUACACAUUUAUUUCUUUUAUAUAAAAUGAAUCGGAAACAACUGAACAAAAAUGAUUAUAUUUUGUAAUACACAAAAUUUAACGCCUUUCUGUGGAUGUUUUUGUAUGAAAAUCAUCCAAAAGUCAACUUAACAGAAACAAAUUAAACAACAUUUUCUGAUAAAAUAUUCGACAAUUGCCAAUGGGCUUUAGUUAAUAAAUGAGUUCCUCUUUAC